AUGACAAACAAUCACCAAGCAAUUCUGGAAGAUGUGUACGUAGAUAACGGCAGAAACUCGGAUCAAUUCGAGAAACUUCUUGGAAACAGAUGCCAAACAGCUCCGACGUUACCAGCCUUGUUACCAGCUGCGCAGAUCGGUAAGAAGUUGGAGACGAGAAGAAAAUCGGAUAAUAGCCUUUUGGGAUCUUUGAACAGGUUGAGGUAUUCGAUUGGAUCGAAAGAUGGCCCAAUUCAACUUAACAACAGGCUUAGUAGCAGUCAAUUAUUAUCAACCGUUAGGCCUGAAAAAAAGGCAAGUGAUCCUACUAUAAUAGAUUUGCGUGCACUACAAUACAAUUCAGAUGAAACCAUUCAGCUUAAACUCAGGUAUUCCGAGCAAUGA